GCAGCCAAUCACGAUACAGUUUCUACGUCGUACGCACGUGUAGUGAGCAGUGUGUAGUCAGCGAGCAAAGUAAAGCAAACUAGCCGURUCAUCCUCAGAAUGGCUAAAAGUCUCCGGAGCAAAUGGAAGCGAAAAAUGAAAGCGGAGAAGAGGAAGAAAAAUGCUCCAAAGGAACUGGCUCGACUCAAACAAGCGCUGAGUCUCGACAAGAAAGGAGAAGCUGAAAUGGCAGACUUGCAGGACAUCGCCACGGUGGUGCCUGCUGAAAAGAUCAAGAAGCAGACGGACGUUGAAAUGGCAGGAGAGGAGGAGGAUGACGGGAAGAUGGACUUGGAUAACAAGCGAAACCCCAAAACCCUUUUGGAYAAAAGCGGACAGUACCCCGUCUGGAUGAAUCAGCGGCAGAUCAAGAAACUGAAAGCCCAACGGGUGACRAAGAAAACAGGCAAAGUGAAGAAGAAGAAGGGCAUCGCCUGGUAGAACGGAAAACAAACACCUGUGCUUUAAAGACAGAAGAUCUGUCAGCUUUCUGCUGUUUCUUCAAUAGACUGUAACAUUCAUGGUUGUGCAACAGAACCUUAAAUAUGAAAUUUCUAUGAAGAAAUACYGGUUCUUGUGGAAUAUCAGCUUUAUUUUUGAGUUCAGAGCAAGUCUUGGAAACUUGUGUAAAAUGUUCCUGACUUCACAAAAUGACUAAAUGUUGGGGAAAAAAUUGGAUACAUUAUUUCUUGUUCUGUGGGUUGUAUUUAUACAGGUUUGCCUUAUUUCCUCCCCCAUCAUUGAAUCAUUUGAUUACAUUUUAAUAAUCCAGUACUGUAAUAAGGAUGCUCAAGUUAACUUAAUAACAAAUAGUUUGGUUUACUUGGAUUUAUUAUAAGUUCAAAAAUUUGAAUUGUUUAAUGUUGCCAAUAAUGACACUUUUCAUAUAAA